AUGUCCGGAUCAGCAAGGAAGUUGAAGAACAAAGAAGUCGACGGAGCUUCUUCUGCGAUCCGUGGCAUUGCCAACCUAUUUGACGUGGAGAUGAGAAGGCGAAUCUGGUGGGAUGUUCUCUACUAUGAUGUCUUCGUUUCGGACGCGUUGGGCCAUUCUCCGCUCAUCGGUGAUGACUUCAACACAAAGCUUCCUGUUGCAGAUGUUGAUGAGAAGAUCUUCUCGCCUGUUUCGACCCGGAUCCCGACUCCCAAGGAUCUGACAGGUUUCAGCAGGGAUGGAUUUAGAUAUUUCGAUGUCAAGUGCCGCCUCGCCUUACUCGUGCGAGCGAUCCAGCGCCGUAUCUAUGGCCAUGGAUCUUCGUCUACCUCGAAGAACGGAUACGGCUAUACUAUCGACCAGGCUGCGUCGAUGGAGUCAGAGAUUCGUUCAUGGUUGAACGACUUGACACCCUGCUACCGCUUGGACAUUACUGAUCUCGAUCUCUCCGACCCGGACCCAGUCCUGGCGGCUCAGCGCUGCGAGGUAUCGAUUACUGUGCACCGUCUGAUCAUAAAGAUAUACAUGCCGUUCUUGAAGAAGCACGCCAGCGUGUCUGAGACGGUCCCUGCUCCACACCAAGCGUCGUUUGGCUCAGUGAAC